AUGAACGAUCGUGGGUGCGAGAAAGACCCCUUCUCAUCCACCCCCCGAAAUGCCGGCAGGCAGGGAUCGAGGUUCUGGGGUGAAUACGCAUUAUGGGUGGGCAACAUUCCCCCCAAAACCACCGUCAUGAACCUCAGGGACUAUUUUCUCCAGCCAAAUCCUCAGGAUCUUCUUAGCAUCUCAUACAAUCCCGAUGCCAAAUACGCCUUUGUGAAUUUCAAUUCUGAAACCGGCCGAGUGGCAGCAAUUCAACAAGCAGCCUCACGGCUCUUCGAAGGAAAGCGACUCGACUGCCGGAUUCGACAAGAUUCGAUAUCCAGAUCCACCAAGGUAAACUACGGGCUGAACCAGACUGGCCCGCAAAGAUCGAUUUCGAUAUGUUGUGACCAACCCAAUAACUUACGGCAUAAAGUCGAGGAGUUGUCUCAUUUUCCGGAAUCGGAUCGGUCGCAGUGGGGAAAAGAUAAGUUCUAUAUUAUCAAGAGCGUUUCUCUCCAGGCACUGUACCAAAGUCUGGAACAGGGCCAAUGGUAUAUCCCCAAGCGGCAUAUUGAGCGUCUAAAUCAUGCUUUUCAGACUGCCAAUAAAGUGUACUUCCUCUUCAGCCUCAAUGGAUCAGGAGAAUUCUUCGGGUAUGCAUCAAUGAUGUCGGAGGUUCGUGCGGUAGAAGAACCACCACCUACAUCUCACCAAUCAAACGACAUUCACCAGAUAGAUUCCUCAUCAUCAGAAGACGUCUCGUCAUACUUGGCGAAGGAUCAACAAGAGGAGACACAGACAUCCUUCGAAUUACGCUCUCGAACUCCCUCGCUUACAUCUUCCGACUCAUCUACGGACUCUUUAUUGGGACUUGGGUCCAUUUCUUACGAACCCGAGAGGAGAAGAAUCAUCUGGGAGGCAACCCGGCAUCAGUCCACCUGUCUUGACGAAGGACCUCGAGACCAUUCAAGUCUGAUGAGAAGCUCCGCUAAGCACAGCAGUGACCCCUCGUCUACCCCAACGCCAACAAGACUACAAUAUUCCCCCUUCAGUGGACCCGGGAGACCUGUCGAGCUUGGCAACCUCCUCAACACCACAUCACUACUGGGCUCCUCUGGUACCGGUGCCGAUCAAUUACUAUCCAAACUCGAACGCUUCAGCAGCCCAUGCCGCAUCAAAUGGCACUCCACAGAGAAUAUUCCGUUCGAUGAGGUCCGUGGACUCAAGAACUCCUGGAACAGUAACAACGAGAUCCACAUUGCACGCAACGUGACCGCCGUGGAACCGCGUGCGGGUACUGCGUUGAUCAAAUUCUGGCGCGAGAAGGAGGAGGCGAGAAGGAUGAAAGUCGCCGUUAAGGCUGCGUGGAAUCUGUUUUGA